CGUAUACAAAAUACAUUUUGAAACGUGCUGGAAAUCUGUCUUAGCUUAUGUACAGAUUAUUAUUCUUUGUUAUUUUUAUAUUGUUGUAUUCAUUAUUUUGACCAAUUCUAUUAUUGUACAUACUAUGAUGGUUUUACGUUGUUUUAUAUCGGAUUCAAUGAUAGAAUUGACAGAAUUUCUCAUAGUUUUGCGGUUGUUUAGUUGAUAUAAAAAAUAAUUGUGAUAAGAUCGAAUAUGAUAAAAAUAUCAACUUAGUAUGCAAUAUCGACCAUCUGUGAACGCAUCGACGUCGAACCACGUCGAACUAUUUUUGGCUAGGGUGAUGUGUUAUCAGAUCCCGUAUCUUGCUGACGAAUACACAUGGGCGUGACCGGAGAGCGCGAAAGCGAGUGGCCUUUGCCAUUCGAUUCGAACCGGCGUUUUAAUAGAGCGAGGAACGUCUAGCUGGUUCAGUACAGUCUAACAGAGCGUUUACAAGCGUUAAGUAGAUAGUCAUUAAAUCGCAGACAAUCUAGAAUUUAGAUUAGUUUGAGACACAAUCGACUGGAAAGGUUUCUGUCAUCAUGGUCCUGAUGCCGAAGGAGUCCGCGAAGCUGGUUGCCGGCUUGGCGAAAGACGUGUUCAUCGAGGAGACCGGCGUGAAGAAAUUGGCAUUGGCUAUCCUUGACGGUCUAAAAACCGGUAAACUUCACAAGGACAAUUUCUCACAAGUCAAAUAUCAUCCCAGACCCGACGAUCCCAGGGCGGUGGACUGGAUAUUCGUGUUGGACACGCUCAACUUCUCGUUCUGGACCGACACGGGCGCGAAGAAAUGGAAGGUUAACGGCGAAACUGGCUACUUCGCGUUCUGCGCCGCCGUUAGCCGAGCUAUCGACAAUGGGAAGCCCAUGUGGGAUCCCAAGUAUUAUUCGCAGAUAACGCAGCAGGACGCCGAGGUCAUCUUCCGAGGCGACGACGAGGUCGACAUCCCGCUUAUGCAGGAUAGAAUCAAGGGCCUGCACGAGGCUGGAAAGAUUCUGCUGGAUAAGUACAAGGGCACAUUCGUAGAGUGUAUCAAAUCAUGCGAGGGUUCCGCGAAGAAGUUGCUCCAGUUGAUCGUCAAGGAGUUCGAUUCGUACCGGGACGAGGCUGACUAUGAGGGACAUAGGAUCAGCAUUUAUAAGAGGGCUCAAAUAUUGAUCGGCGACAUCUGGGCCUGUUACAAAGGACGCGGACUCGGCGAGUUCCACGACAUCGACAGCAUCGCAAUGUUCGCUGACUACCGCAUCCCCCAAGUACUCGUACACUACGGUACGAUGCGCUACAGCGACUCGCUCAUGAGCAAGCUGAAAUCUGACGAACCGCUGAAGCAGGGUAGCAGAGAGGAGGUCGAGAUACGUGCUUGUUCAAUCGAGGCAGUCGAGCGAGUGUGCGACGUUGUGCGAAGUUUGAUCGAGGCCGAUCCGAAAUUAGGUCUGAACCCGUCGACGGACGUCAACGCGAUCGUGAUCGAUCACUACCUGUGGGAUUACCGGCGAGAGUACGCGCAAGAAUUGGAGCAUAUUCCGUUCCACAAAACGAGAACCAUAUACUACUAGAAUACUUUGCGCGGGACGCAAAGAUAUUGCUUGUUAAGAAAGAGUAUAUAUGUAUAUCUAAAAACCAAAUACCAUCUAUUCCUAUUCAUUUAUAUUUUAUUAUAUUGUACUGUAUUCUUUUCUUACACAUGUAAAAGAGUGAAGAAAAAUGAAAUAAAGUUCAUUAUAUUUUCUAGAACAAA